AUGAUGAUGAUGAUGAUGAUGAUGAUGAUGAUGAUGAUGAUGAUGAUGAUGAUGAUGAUGAUGAUGAUGAUGAUGAUGAUGAUGAUGAUGAUGAUGAUGAUGAUGAUGAUGAUGAUGAUGAUGAUGAUGAUGAUGAUGAUGAUGAUGAUGAUGAUGAUGAUGAUGAUGAUGAUGAUGAUGAUGAUGAUGAUGAUGAUGAUGAUGAUGAUGAUGAUGAUGAUGAUGAUGAUGAUGAUGAUGAUGAUGAUGAUGAUGAUGAUGAUGAUGAUGAUGAUGAUGAUGAUGAUGAUGAUGAUGAUGAUGAUGAUGAUGAUGAUGAUGAUGAUGAUGAUGAUGAUGAUGAUGAUGAUGAUGAUGAUGAUGAUGAUGAUGAUGAUGAUGAUGAUGAUGAUGAUGAUGAUGAUGAUGAUGAUGAUGAUGAUGAUGAUGAUGAUGAUGAUGAUGAUGAUGAUGAUGAUGAUGAUGAUGAUGAUGAUGAUGAUGAUGAUGAUGAUGAUGAUGAUGAUGAUGAUGAUGAUGAUGAUGAUGAUGAUGAUGAUGAUGACUAUUACCCACUAG